AUGUCUUCCAAUUUCCCCACAUCCCCAAUGACUACGUCAACAUCGCCAUCCUUCGUCUCGGCUACUACUCACAAGACCACACAAUCCCACGUUCACUCGAAGAAGUUUACCAAAGAUAUACCUAUAACUUCGCAUCCACCAUAUGUGCCAGUGGGAAGACCAGUGAACUAUAAGCUUGACUAUAAAGAUAUUUCUUUCAAUGUCAUUGAAUGGCCACAUUCAGGAAAGUACCGUGGGAAAAUUAUCUACUUACAUGCAUUCGGUGAGCAUGCUGGGGUUUAUACUGAAUUUCAUGAUAAACUUUCAUUAUCAGGCUACGAGGUGUUCUAUUACGAACAGAGAGGCUCUGCUGAUACCUCAUGGGGUAACAAGGACUAUGGAAAGACUGAUGCUAUUCGUCAAAUUGAUGACUUGAAUUUUAUCGUAAAGUACAAUAUGGAUAGAAGAUUCAUUGACGAAAAAUUUUAUUUGAUGGGUUCAGCAAUGGGGGGUGCCAUUUGCAUCGAUUAUGCGAUAAAGGGUAAGUAUAAGGACAGUAUCAAAUGUAUUAUUGCAGCAUGUCCUACGACUAUACUUCACCCUGAAGCGGCAUUACUGCCGGUACUUGCAUUUUUAACUCCAAUGAUUAGUACGUGCGCUCCAAAUUACAAAGUGUUGACGAAUAGAAUUCCUCCUGAGAGACUUACAUCUAGUGUUAGAUGGCAAGAGUAUCUAAGGACAUACGAAAGACACACACAUAUAGGAACUACAAAAUUUUUCCAUGAUUUGUUUCAGCGUGGGAGUAUGUUACUUACAAAAAAUUACAUGAAGAAGUUCCCUAGUAACUUAUCGAUUAUGAUUUUACAUGGGGAAGAUGACGUAGUAAAUUUUAUUGAAGGAAGUAAAAAGGCUUAUAGUUUGAUCAACACCAAAGCUGGGAAGGAGUUUGUUACAGUGCCAGGUGCCAGACAUGCUUUGUUUAUAGAAAGAGAAGAGUUGUUUGAGUUAGUAUUCAAUAAGGUUGUCUCAUUUAUGCAUCAACACAUUUAG